CAAGGCGCUCUUUAAGCUCCGCUGUUCACACAGAGCAGCCAUUCAUCGGCUCUACAGUCAGCCACACACACUCCCAUGUCGAACCACUGGACAGCUAAACUGGUGUAACUGUCUUUCCUGAAGCGGAUUUCCAUCCAGCGGUGGACGGUAUUUGGCCGCUUUUACGCAGCAGCAGGCUAUGGCUUUGCCGGAGAGUCAGCAAUAACUGGGAUCGUCGAAGACGCCAGACAUCUUAUUCUAAACUAAAUCGAGUUAAUUGCAAAGAGGAGUUCUCUCUGAACAUAAUUUGAAUUCGAGGGUUCACUUGACAUUAGCUUAAAAAUAAAAACAUAAAUUAAAAAAAAAGAUGUCCGGCGAGGAGCACAGCCUGUCCGAGGCGGAGCUGAGUCCCGGAGGGUCAGACGAUGGGCAUUCACUGUCACCCAUUCAAGCAGGAGCGCCCCCCGGCCAGGGCUCACCUCUGACCGGGCCACCACAGCAGCUGGCCGGGCUGUGCGUCGGGGAUGUCAGCGGUGACGAUGGCCGAUCUGAAGCCAAAUCCGAGGAAGAGGAAGACCGCUUCCCUAUCGGCAUCAGAGAGGCGGUCAGUCAGGUGCUGGACGGGUAUGACUGGACACUUGUGCCGAUGCCUGUGCGCGUAAACAACGGAAAUAAAGCCAAGCCCCACGUAAAGAGGCCAAUGAACGCGUUCAUGGUGUGGGCGCAAGCUGCGAGGAGAAAACUGGCCGACCAGUACCCCCACCUGCACAACGCGGAGCUCAGCAAGACCCUGGGCAAACUGUGGAGGCUGCUGAACGAGAACGACAAGAGGCCAUUCAUCGAGGAGGCAGAGAGGCUGAGAAAGCAGCACAAGAAGGACUACCCGGAGUACAAGUACCAGCCCCGGAGACGCAAGAAUGGCAAACUAGCGUCUACAGAGUCCGACAGCCAGGGAGAAGGGGAGGCCAGCCACUCCCAGUCCCAUUACAAGACCCUGCACCUAGAACACAACGGUGGAGCUGGGUCUCCCCUGGGUGACCUGCACCACCACCACCAUCACCACCACCAUCCUGCAGGUCAGGGUCACAGCCCACCCACGCCCCCUACCACCCCCAAGACAGAGCUCCAGACUGGGAAACUGUCAGAUGCCAAGAGGGAGGGGGCAGCAGGGGCAGCCGGAGGAUCAGGAGGGUCCAGGGGAGCCCUGGGGUUGGGAGCUGAUGGGGCCACCGGUGGCCCGUCUUCAUCAAGUGCUAAACCUCACAUCGACUUUGGCACCAUGGACAUCGGUGAGAUCAGUCACGAGGUGAUGUCCAACAUCGAGCCGUUUGAUGUGAACGAGUUCGACCAGUACCUCCCGCCAAACGGCCACCCACAGAGUGCCAGCGGGGCGUCCGCGGCAGCGUCCUCGGCCUCGUCUUACGCCUACGCCCUGGCCGCCGCGAGUGGCCACUCCGCCUGGCUCACCAAGCAGCAGCAGCAGCCUCAGGCCUCCCCGUCUUCAUCGGACCCCACCAAGGCCCAGAUCAAGAGCGAGACUGCGUCCGGGAGCCACUACGCUGAGGCGUCUUCCUCCCCUUCCUCCGGCACCCACGUCACCUACACCCCGCUCAGCCUCCCUCAUUACGGCUCCGCUUUCCCCUCGCUGUCCACCAGGGCUCAGUUCGAGUACGGAGAGCACCAGGCCGGGGCAUACUAUGCCCACUCCAGUCAGGCCCCAGGGCUGUACUCAGCCUUCUCCUACAUGGGCCCUACACAGAGGUCUCUGUACACCACCAUAGGAGACCCCUCCGGCGUGGCCCCCUCCCACAGCCCCACACACUGGGAGCAGCCUGUUUACACCACACUCACAAGACCCUGAGGGAGAGCAGCCGAGCAGAAGGAAAUAUGGGAAGUGUGUGAGUGGAUCUGUGUGUCUGUGGGUGUGCAAAUAUGUGAGCAUGUAUGUCUGUGUGUGUGUGUGUGUGUGUGUGUGUGUGUGUGUGUGUGUGUGUGUGUGUGUGUGUGUGUGCGCGCCGUGCCAUAUUGAUAUUAUAGUAGAGGUUUUUACUUUUUUAGCCAAUACAUUGCAAGAUGCAACCAUGAGGCCUUACGAAGUUUGAAGAGAAACAGCCACAUACUGACUGAACAUAAAGUGUGAAACAGCCAAUCAGAAAUUAAACAAACCCUAACAAACGUGUGCCAUCAUGAAUUUGUAAGUCAGGUUGUACAGAAAGUGUGUAUACAAGACUGUAGCUGAGUGAACAAAUGUUGCAUUGAUGAUGACGAGUGACUCUGAUUUGACCCAGAAACGAUGGGCUUCGACUGACAUAAUCAAAUUGUAUUAACCAAACUAAAGCAGAUGUUUUUGAUGUUCUUGUUUUAUUUUAUAUGAGUAGUAAGUUUAUUGUUGUUGUUGAUAUCCUAGGGUGUAACUUUAUUGAUUGAUAUUACACUAAUACAGCUGCACCACUGCUUUGGGAAAAGCAUGUUUCGAUGAUCCCUGAUCCCUUUUUUUUUUUUUUUUUCUUUCGUUGGUGGCCAGAAAAGGAUAAUUGCAACCUUUUUUUCUUUGUAGAUAGCACACUCUGUAUUUCUGUCCUUUACGUUGACUUCACUGAACUGAAGAAAAAAGCAUUUAAGGGGAAAAAAAUAGGAAAACGAGAGGGAAAGAGAGCUCUUUAUGAUGCAUCUUAUCCAGAGUUUUGGACAUUUACCUCAAUUCUUUUCAUUUUGUGCCGAUAGCCAAGCAGAAAAAAGACUUUUGGAUGCCUGAUAAAAUAAUCCUGAUGAUAUCCAAACUUUAUAGCAGCGGACCGCCACUCUUAUGCAUUUUAAGUGCCUUUUGCUGAUUCACAUCUGAUUUAUCCAUAACUGAGUUAAAAUCUAUAAGUACUAAGACUCAACCAAAUCUUUCCAGAUAAUUGGCCAGCUUUGGGUCCUACUUAAGGAUUAGAAUCACAUGUACGACCAUUCUGCACUGCAUGUAGGCCAAAAGCAUGUUACUGUUUAUUCCUACAAUGUUCCCAAACUGCCCUCUUCUUCCUCUCCUCUGCAAUGUGAAUAAUGGUCAUUACCACAGGCUUCGCCUUUAUGAAGUGAUGCAUACCUUAUCAUUUUAUACUGACCCUCUUACCAUAUUAUUUUUAUGUCAGUAAUAAUGCAUCGUGUGUCACACUUUUGCUUCUUCCAUUUUGUAUAAUUCUGGAUAGUUUUGUAAAGUGUUUGCUAUACAUUCA